AUGACCAAGAUUCAAAACUUAGUUUGUGAUGAAUUAGUUAAGCUGGAAAAUAAACUUCUUAACCGGGGAGGCAAUGAAGAAGAAGGAAAAGAACACCACACUGAGGAGGAUGAAAAUGAGCGGCCACAACAUGAUGAAGUUAUGACUGUAGAGAGCGGAGAAACACAUGAAAGUGGUGACAAAUUGCAUGAUGAUGAACAGCAAGAAGAAGAAGAAGAAGAAGAGGAAGAUGAAGACGAGAACGACAAUGUGAGAGAAGAUGAAGCUGCAGAUAAGGAUACUGAAGAUGAACAGGCAGCUCAAACGGAAGAAGGGAAAAUGGUGGGCAAAGCAGUGCAGCUACCCACAAGGAGGUCAAGUAGACGUAAAGUCCCAGCAGUUAAAUCUCCUUACAUGUCUACUUAUGGCAGAAAGGUGAAAAUGAGUGACAGGGAUGCAUUUUAUACUGUGUGUACUGAGUGGUGUCAACCAGAUGAGGCUCAAGAGGUCAUGGUAGAUAUGUUUGGGCAUUUGGCAACACGAUCAGACCUACAAGCACUGGGUCCCAGAAGGUGGAUAAGCAACAGGAUCAUGACUCUGAUUGCCCACACCUUGAACGCUGACCAACAUGAGAGUGCCUCUGCGGUUAAAAGACACAUAUUUGAUGCAGAUUUCACGGUUAGUGCUAUCCCCUGCAAGGAUGGUGCAGCAACACACAGCAUGGCAAGUGGACAAACACCUGAAAGAACUACUUCCCCAACACGUGGGAUACAAUUUGGCUGA